GGAGACGUCCAGCGCGUCCGUGAGGAAAGGAUGGAGACAUGGCAAGCGCAGUUCUCCAUAUCUUGACGCUUACCAGCUAAAACACUUAUGUUUCAUUUUACAAGAGCUCCAAAGACAGCAGGAUCCUUUCUUUGAGAGACGCGUGCUCUUCUGUAGCUGAAGAAAAUGGAUCCGUCUCCCACAAGGCAGCAGUACGGCUCCAAAAAGAGGGUUAAAAUCCACCCCAACACCGUCACGGUGAAAUACGCCACACAUUUCCCCCAGCCGGGCGACGAGGGAUACGAUGACGCUCCGUCCUUUGAGGACUUCAGCUCCUUCAUGGACAACAACCCCAGCAAGAGACUGGUGUCGGAGAGUGGUGGCAGGACUUUAUUCGGCACUAUGGAUUCCCGUCCCAAAGCUGAUCAGAAAGAUAAAGGAGUGGGCAGCCAAUUGGCCAGCUUCGGCGAAGCCAAUGUGCUAGCUUCACGGGUCACCUGGGGUGCACUUUUUGGGGCGGCCAUUGCUCAUGGAUGCGUAGCGCUCAUCACACGCCUAGCAGCCGACCGCUCUAAAGUGCCCUCAUUAGAGCUCAUCUUCAUCCGCUCCGUCAUACAGGUGUUGUCAGUAUUGGUGGUCCUCUACUAUAAAGAGGCUCCCUUUGGGCCCAAGGGCUACCGACUGCGCUUGUUCUUCUACGGGGUUUGCAAUGUCAUCUCCAUCACUUGUGCUUACACGUCCUUCGCGAUUGUUCCACCCAGUAACGGCACCAUCAUGUGGCGGGCGACCACCACUGUCUUUAGCGCAGUUCUGGCCUUUUUGCUUCUCGACGAACGCCUUGGUUAUACUGAUGUAGUGACUGUCGUCGGCAGCCUUUUCGGACUUUGUCUUGUAAUGAUCCCGAACAUCGCCGAUGAGGAGAAAUCUGCUUUGGGAUUCUGGAAGGAAGCCUUUGGGUACACUAUGACUGUAAUGGCAGGUCUAACCGCCGCGCUGUCUAUGAUCGUGUACCGUGCCAUUAAAGAGCGCGUCAGCAUGUGGACGGCGCUCUUCACUUUCGGGUGGACCGGGACCGUUUGGGGAGCCUCCACCAUGUUCAUCAUGCAAGAACCCAUCAUUCCUUUGGAUGGCGAAACGUGGGGUUACCUAACAGGAAUCUGCAUAUGCUCCACCGUUGCGUUUCUUGGCGUCUACUACGCCCUCAACAAGUUCCACCCGGCCUUGGUCAGCACCGUACAGCAUCUGGAGAUCGUGGUGGCCAUGUUUCUUCAGCUUAUCGUGCUGCGAAUGAUCCCGUCGGUGUAUGACGUCUUUGGGGCGCUGGUUAUCAUGGUCAGCGUGUUCGUCCUGACGGGUCUCAAGCUUUACAGGGUGAGCCGAGCCAUAAGACAAGACUACCAGGAGAUUCUGGACUCGCCCAUUAAAUGAACGCCGCAGAUGUGUGUGGUUUUUUUGAGCGCAUGAGGGGGCAUGUAUAUGUGUGUCUGUAUGUGUGUGUGUGUGUGUGUGUGUGUGUAUGUGUGCAGUGUUUCCCAGCCCCUCUUCUCUUACUAAUGUGUGCAAUCACUGAAUGUCUGGAUCUUCGGCAUUUGUUUCCAAUCGUGUCGUUGGAAGAGUGCCAAUCGGUGUAAUGUCUUUGCUAACUGUUGAUGUGUGAAAAUAAAAACGGUGAUCCAUAGA